AUGUGCGCAGACCCUAGGAUUCAAGCAGCAGCAACAUCAACCUUGUUCCAUCCCGAUCUACACAAACGAAACUUAUUCGUGUCGGAAAACGAUCCGUCAAAAAUAACAGGCUUUAUUGAUUGGCAGCCGACCUGCAUCGAACCGGCGUUCUGGUACGCGGACGACGUGUCGGAUUUUUCAAUCUCGGGUGACACUGAUUAUAACCUGUGCGCAAAAGCAUUUGAAGCCUGCACUCGAUUCUUCACCCCACAACUUUCUGGCCCUAGAUUGAUGGACGAUAACCUUUUCCGACCAUUUCUCUAUAGCUAUAGAACGUGGAAAGACGGCGCUGCUGCUCUACGGCAUGAGCUGAUUGAGACCACCAGGAAAUGGAACGAAUUAGGGUUUACCGGCCAGAGUCCGUAUUCCCUUUCAUCACCAAACGGACUAGUGGAACAUGAAAGGGAGUACAAGUUAUUUGUAGCGGCGCAAGAAUUGAAACAGGACCUAGCGAGCCUGCUUAAUACCGCGACGGAUGGAUGGGUUCCCAUGGAAAAUUGGGAAGCGACUGAGGUAGCCCACAGGGAGAUUUUUGAAGGCAUGCUGACUGCCGUUUUAACGAAUAAAGACCCGGAGAAUCAGGAGCCGGUGAAGAAUGAAGCAGUCCUGAGAUCGAUAUGGCCAUUUGACCUUGCGUUUGAGGCCAGUUAG